UUAUGUACCAGUAAAUAAAAUAAUAAAUAAAAAUAGUAGAUAUCAUCCUAAAAUAUUUAGGAGAAUGUGAAGUUGUAACAAAAUAUAAUUAAAAUAAAAAAUAUCAAAAAACCUUGUAUCCAUUUACAACUAUUAGACAAAGUUUCAAGUUGUCGUAGUUUAAAAAAAUUACAAAAAUGGCGUAAUUUGUGAGAUGUCAGUUCAGUGAAAAUGUAAAAUAAAUAAAAAUGUUUAACCGCGUAAAACAUGUGAUUUUGUUUGUAUCCGUCCUAUUAAUAAGUUUUAAAACAUGUACCAGUGAUCUCCAAAUACCCUCGUUGACACUCUACAGUCCUGGGGCAGUGGAGUACAUAGAUGUACUUGUGAGACGGGUGCAUGAUAACCUUACAUUGGUUUGUGCAACUCGUGGAGAUAAUACUGCAAGAGCCUAUGUGUGGAACUAUGUUGGGAAUAAUACUGGGGCCAGCACCUUCACAGUAUCACCUUCCGGUCUGGCCAGCAGCAGUCAAUUGGAGAAGUAUGACCUUCAGCUGACAGACAGUGGUCACUAUAUGUGCUCAUCGCCACCAUUUAGCAUCACUAAGUAUUUAUUGGUGCAGAAGAGAGGCUCCCAAUGUGCUCGCGGAGCUUUCUCUUGCGGCGCCCGUUGCGUGCUACCUCGGUACGUCUGUGAUGGAAAACCGGAUUGCGCACGCGGCGAAGACGAAGCGCUUGAUAUAUGCCCACCGCUGCCUUGUCAGAGAAAUGAUCGCCUGAACUGCUCAACCGGCAGGUGUAUACCGGAAGCGGCAUGUUGUCACACGGCGGAUGUCCUUUGUCAACAGGACAGUUGCUGUUCGGAGCAUCCCAGAUAUGCUCGGCUCGAUGAAGGCGACGAAGUACUCGAGUAUACUCGCUCUGAAGACAGACACGCCACAGACGAUCUGACGUUCAUACAAUCUACCAUAUACACGGUCACAGCUUGCGCCCUAAUCUUCAUGAUAGCAGUCGUGCUGUUGGUAUCGGCACUGUGCAAGAUGCACAUGAAGAGAGCCGCUUUACGCGGCUAUGCGCACGCGCAUCGCGAUACGGCGCAUCACUACUCGGCCCGCUACCCGCCGCGCUACGAAUCUACGCGACUUUUAGAUCUACCCUCUUUGAGUCCCACGCGGCAGCGGACGCAGUGUGAACCCGAAAGCUCAACCUCUACGCCGAUGUGCGAAGUCACGACUCCAGUCAACUCUGGCUUCGCUCUUUCACGGCUCGGCUCCAUGUUCUGCACUAGAUAUUCUCAGGUCCCGACUCAAGGUGACGUCGAAAUGACCGACGUGAGAUCCACUUCCCUGAACAGUUCGCCGACGCGAAGUCCGCCUUCGGACUAUCGCUCGCCAAUUCCCAGUUCCGAACUAUACUACACGAAUCCGGACCUCACCGACUUAGGUCGAGACCUCAAUUACAUGGCUACGCCCAUAGAAUUCUUCAGACGACGCAAUUUACGUCGGAACACUUUAGACAGGGUCAUAGACCAGCUGACUCGCGCCCCCAGGCCGCUCACGCUGCAGCUGGGCAGGUUUCAGCUGAGCAUACCGAGGUUCAACCGCCGCGAGCCGCGCCCGGACACGCCGGACAUCGCCGAAAUCAACAUAGACAAUCUGGAUUUCGUGCGUCUCAACUCCAACGACACGUACACUUUGAACGGCCGGACCAUACGCUUGUUGGGGGCGGACUUUGAGAACUACCCGCAUUUGGAUGGGAGUCGACCCCCUCCGUACAACGAGGCGAUGAGGUACAAAAUAUAUGGACCUCCUCCGGAAUAUUUGAGCAGGGAGGGUAUCAAUAGGGAGAACGAGGCCACGAAUAACGUCGAAAUGCCGCCGCGCUACGAUGAUUUGGGUCAGAGCGGUAAUAACGGUAAUGUGACGAGUGACGGUACGAGUAAUUUUGCGUUUUGUAACGGUAAUAAUACGAACCGAAAUGAAGCAACCGCCGGUGACGUCACGAGUACCGAGAACGAUUCCAACGGUAAUGUUACGAGUUUCCAAAUGGAAAAUGUAAAUUAUAAUAUUCCAGAAACGAUCAGUUCCGUCAUAGAUAACUUGCCAGCCAUAGACAGUGAUUUCAAUGCUAAUGAUAACGUGUACAACGAGACGGUUGUUGCCGAAUGAGGAUUAUAGGAUAUAUAUAUAUAUAUAUAUACUCACGCAACAUACGAAUCAUUGAAAUAUCGUUUUUACUGAAGCUCUAACGGGCCAACGUAGAUAUAAGAUAACUGUUACGCGUUUCGGUUUCAAUAAAUUCUCAUAAAAAUACGGGAGUGAGGUGGCAAAAAGUCUUACGUCAUUCGAAUAAUAUAUUUAUAUAUUAAUUGAGUUUCCUACUUUAACGCGUUUGACAAAAUGUAACAAAUCUAUGGACCACUCUACGCACUUCCUCACCUUAUUUGCCCACGUGGACGGCCAAAUACGCCACACGUGUCUAUUGUGCCUUAGCUUUGCACAUGAAGUACUAUAUUUAUAUAUUACAUCUACGUAAAGUUUUGUACUAUAUUUGUAUGUCAGCGAAACGAGGCGGUUUACGCUCACGCUAAGACACGAACGAGUUUGAACAGAGUUAAUGUCGUUGUCAUAAAUAGACUUUUCAGUGCACUGACAACUGUCAACCGUCACAGACUAUAUUGAGCUUAAAAUGUACAAUAUAAUGCCAAUUAAAGAUAGGUCUGCUCGGACUCUCGCGGCAGGAGCUCCUAAAUUUAAUUGUCUCGUGUCAUAUUCGAAGUUAGGAUUAGAUAUCACCCGGAGACACAUCAUUAGAGUUAAUUUUAAAGUAAUUUGUCUGUGAUCGUUAUCGACGAACGCGUUUGUCUUGCCUCAGAGCUGCUUCGGUAUGAAUUUUAUUCUGAAAUAAAUAUUGCUUCUCGGUGAAAAAGAUCUGUAGUUAAUAUUUCGGCCGAUUAUGGUAAUUAGAUUUAUAUUUAUAGACAACUAUAGCGGUACAGGAACUUGUUGGAUAUCGUUACACAAAUAUUUUUGUCCACAUUUGGGCUUCAUAUUAAACCAAUCGUAAUCGUUGCGAGUAGAUUCCAAAGCUAUAUAUCUGCGUUCUAUAGAAAAAAACUUUGUACAGAGAAUAGUUUGUUACUCCUUCUUACAAUACUCAUAUGUAUAUAAUGUUUAUGUAGUUGAGUCAAAUUUAAGUAAAAUGACUGAAAAUAGGUUCAAUAUGUUUUUGUUGUAUUUACUUAAAAUUAGGUCGACUUUGCUUUAAGUUAACCCUUUAGAUGAAUCACGAUUUUAAUAUAUCGCGGGUACGAAGAGUCAUAGGGUGUCUUGAAAAGUAUUAAGAAACAAAACUGUUUACAAGGAAAGCCCUACAAACAUUUUAUUAUAUAUUAAUUGAACUGAUUUGUCAAAUUAUUUUAUAAUUUCAGACAAAUAUUUACGUAAUUUUAAAACAGAAUUUAAAAAAACAAGAAUGCCAUGUGUAACUUUAACAAUUACACAUAUUUACAAAAAUUGGAGAUUUCGGUAGAAGUGAACCGCCAAAUUCACAAAUGUCAAAUUUGUCAAAUCAUUUCUCUCAGUCUACGCAUCGUUCCAUCAGUAAGAAGGCAGAGAUACUCCGAGUCUGUUUUUCAAAUGUAACUGGCAGAGGAUGCGAUGCUGCCAAACUAACUAAAUCAAGGUUUUUGUCUCGGGUAUUAAACCCAUUAACGUACGAAACAAAUCCUAAUGAUGUAAAUGGCUUCGGAGAAGGUUGUGUUACCAAAGUCUCCAAUAUAACUAUAAAUGAGGAGUUGUCAUCUCGGAAGUAAGAUCUCUAAAGUGUACGAAUUAGAAAAUGCAUUUUCUUCAAUAAUUU